AUGUGGAGUAUGAUGAGAAUGAAUUGCAUUUUCUUUCUGUCUCUUCUUUUGCUUUGUACGACAGCUAGUAAUAUAUAUGAGAGGUCACUGGUUCCCAGGGCUGCGACCCGCUCAGUGGCCAGAAUGGAUGGUGAUAUUAUCAUUGGUGCCCUGUUUUCUGUCCACCACCAGCCAUCGGCUGAAAAUGUGGCUGAGAGAACAUGUGGUGAGGUCAGAGAGCAGUAUGGUAUUCAACGAGUGGAAGCCAUGUUUCACACUCUGGACAGAAUUAAUGCUGACCCAAACCUUCUGCCCAACAUUACUUUGGGCUGUGAGAUCAGGGACUCAUGCUGGCACUCGUCAGUGGCAUUGGAGCAGAGCAUUGAGUUUAUAAGGGACUCCCUUAUUUCACUGCGUGAGGAUGGGGAUGGGUCAAAGUGGUGCAUUGAUGGGACUCCGUCCACUCAGCCACUUGCCACUAAGAAGCCCAUUGCAGGUGUGAUUGGACCUGGAUCAAGCUCAGUGGCCAUUCAAGUUCAAAACCUGCUGCAGCUGUUCAACAUACCCCAAAUUGCCUACUCAGCCACUAGCAUUGAUCUAAGUGAUAAAACCCUCUAUAAGUACUUCCUCAGGGUUGUGCCCUCUGACACUCUUCAAGCCAGGGCCCUUUUGGACAUUGUUAAACGGUAUAACUGGACGUAUGUAUCAGCUGUUCACACUGAAGGAAACUAUGGUGAGAGUGGGAUGGAGGCCUUUAAGGAGCUGGCAUCUCAGGAGGGUUUGUGUAUUGCCCACUCUGACAAGAUUUACAGCAAUGCUGGUGAGAAACACUUUGACAGGCUACUGAGGAAGCUGAGGGAGCGGCUGCCCAAAGCCCGAGUGGUGGUGUGUUUCUGUGAGGGGAUGACAGUGCGUGGCCUCCUUAUGGCCAUGAGGCGCUUAGGGGUGGCUGGAGAAUUCCUCCUUAUUGGAAGUGAUGGCUGGGCAGACAGAGAUGAGGUGGUGGAGGGCUAUGAGCAAGAAGCUGUGGGUGGCAUCACAAUGAAGCUCCAGACUGAGGAGGUCACAUCCUUUGAUAAUUACUACUUGAAGCUGCGCCUCAAUACGAACACCAGGAACCCAUGGUUCGCUGAGUUCUGGCAACACCGCUUCCAAUGUCGCAUCCCAGGGCACCCACAGGAGAACAAGAACUACAGGAAGAACUGCUCAGGUGACCUAGAGCUACGAGAUGGUUAUGAGAGCCUAGAGGAGAACUAUGUACAAGACAGUAAGAUGGGGUUUGUCAUCAAUGCCAUUUAUGCCAUGGCUCAUGGCCUACAUGACAUGUCUGAGCACCUGUGUCCUGGCCACAUGGGUCUUUGUGAGGCUAUGGACCCCAUUGAUGGCAGCAAACUGCUGGAGUUUCUGCUCAAGACCUCCUUCACUGGAGUGUCUGGUGAGGACGUGUGGUUUGAUGAAAAUGGGGAUUUACCAGGCAGGUAUGACAUAAUGAAUCUGCAGUUUGUGGAGCCUGGUGUGUAUGACUACAUCAAUGUGGGAUCAUGGCAUGAGGGCAUCCUGAGCAUUGAUGAUUAUAUGAUCCAGAUGAACAGGAGUGAGAUGGUCCGCUCAGUCUGCAGUGAGCCCUGCUCUAAAGGGGAGAUCAAGGUAAUUCGAAAGGGGGAGGUGAGCUGCUGCUGGAUCUGCACUGCCUGUAAAGAUAAUGAAUACGUCCAGGAUGAGUUCACCUGCAAGGCGUGUGAGCUGGGCUGGUGGCCUGAUGAGGAGCUGCAAGGCUGUGAGCCGCUUCCCCUGCAUUAUUUGAAGUGGAGUCAUGCUGAGUCCAUCGUUGCAGUGGUCUUCUCUUGUCUGGGCAUCCUCGUGACCAGUUUUGUCACUUUUGUCUUCAUUCUGUACAGAGACACACCUGUGGUCAAAUCCUCAAGCCGAGAGCUCUGCUAUAUCAUCCUAGCUGGCAUCUUCCUGGGUUAUAUCUGCCCCUUCACACUCAUAGCCAAGCCCACAGUGGCCUCCUGCUAUCUACAGCGACUCUUGGUGGGCCUCUCAGCCUCCAUGUGCUAUUCGGCUCUGGUCACUAAGACCAAUCGUAUCGCCCGCAUCCUGGCUGGCAGCAAGAAGAAGAUCUGCACACGCAAACCGCGCUUCAUGAGUGCCUGGGCUCAGGUGGUCAUUGCAUUCAUCCUGAUCAGUUUACAGCUCACGCUGGAGGUCACGCUGAUCAUUCUUGAGCCCCCAUCACCCAUCAAGUCCUAUCCUAGUAUCAGGGAAGUCUAUCUUAUCUGUAAUACCAGCAACAUGGGCAUGGUUGCGCCGCUUGGCUACAAUGGCCUUCUUAUUCUCAGCUGCACCUAUUAUGCUUUCAAAACCCGCAAUGUGCCAGCCAACUUCAAUGAGGCCAAGUAUAUUGCCUUCACCAUGUACACUACGUGUAUCAUCUGGCUCGCGUUUGUGCCGAUCUACUUUGGCUCCAACUACAAAAUCAUCACUACAUCAUUCUCUGUGAGCCUAAGUGUGACUGUGGCCCUGGGCUGUAUGUUCACCCCAAAGAUGUACAUCAUCAUUGCUAAGCCAGAGAGAAAUGUGCGCAGCGCCUUUACCACCUCCGAUGUGGUGCGCAUGCAUGUAGGUGAUGGCAAGAUCGCUUGCAGGAGCAACAGCCUUCUCAACAUGCUAAAACGCAAAAAGAACGCCUCUGGAAAUGCAAAUUCUAAUGGCAAGUCUGUGUCAUGGUCUGAACCAGGUUCAAGACAUCCUCCGAAAGGAGAACACAUGUGGCACAGACUGUCUGUGCAUGUGAAGAGGCAGGAGGCCGGCUCCAAUCAGACAGCUGUCAUCAAACCUCUAACUAAUACCUACCAUGACACAGGCCUGGAAUUCUCAGACCUGAGCACCAAGACUCUGUACAAUGUAGCCGAGGAGGAUGAGGGUGAGCCAGUCAGAUAUAAUCCUCCGGUCAGCCCUCCUCUGAUUGCUCACAGGUAUUCACCUGCCAGCGAGCCUGUGAAGGAAACUAUCACUAAGCAGGAAUUUUAUACUCCGGAGCAACACUUGCCAGAGAAACGUGUCCUCCCCCAGCAGGUUAUUACAGAUCAAUUUCAGAAUGUGACAACUAAGUUGAAUUCCAGCAUGCCUGAUCUGGAUGACAUUAUUAGUUUACCUGAACCAGAAAGUGGAGUGAUGCCACCAUAUCGACCCCUUAUUCUGCAAACACAGCAGGUUUCGCCCAUGCAGCUGAGUUCUUACUCAAAUAAACCAGACACUCUGUUGGAGGAGGAAGAGGAAGUGGAGAAUGAGCAGUUUGGUCUCCUGCAUGGCUAUAUGUACAACAAUGCACAAAUCCAUGAUGAUGAGGAACUGGUGCAGAUUAAACUAGCAAUGGAGGACUCACUGGCUCUAAUGCCACCCUCUCCUUUCCGGGACUUGGUGGGUUCUGGCAACCCCAUUCCCAACUCCCCAGUGUCCGAGUCCAUCCUAUGCACCCCACCAAAUGUGACGUAUGCAUCUGUUAUCCUCAAAGACUACAAACAAAGCUCCUCUACCCUGUGA